GGCAGAUAGGUAAUUCAGCGCACUUCGUGUGAAAAUUUCUUGUGAUCUAAAUUUUAUUUUACUUCUUUUUAAUUCCAUAAUGCAUGUGCGUGUAAGGAUAUUUGGAAAGCCGGAUACUAUUGUAGUGGUAGAGUCUAAAUUGACUAAGAUAGACCAGUUUCGUAAAAUCGUUAGUGAAAAAUUCAAUGUAGCGCCAAAGUUGCAACGAUUGUUUUAUGGUGGGAAAUUGCUAGAAAAUGGCUAUACAUUCCACGAUUACAACAUAAAGCUUAAUGAUGUCAUUCAGCUUAUGGUUAAGAUUCAACCAGACGCAGGAUCAGACAAUGAAAAGUCUGAAACCAAGAAGAAUGAACAUGUUGACAAAGAAAAAACUGAGAAUGAAAAAAUAAUUUAUACAGAUUCUGUGAGUACCCUUUACACCAUAGGAGACCUUAUUGAUAUGAGGGAAAAGGAACAAGGAGCUUGGUUAGAAGGAAAAAUUGUUAGGAUAGUUCAUCAACCUGGUUCUGUUAACUGUGAUACUAGCAAAAGUAAUAAUGAAGUGAAUUCCGAUGCUAAUGAUAGCAAAAGUAAUUCAGAUAAAGAGAGUGAUCUUGAGAACAAACCACCAGAAGAAGAAAGCCCCGAAAAUAAAGCCAAAAGGAAAGGCAUAGCUAGGUACUUUUCCAAAAGUCCUAAGAUUGUAAAGAAAAAAUUACCCAAUAAAGAAAGUAAUGGAAAAAUAGACGAUUCAAUGUUGCUGUACAAAGUUCAACUAGAUGCAGAUGAAGAAGAUUCAAAUCUGUAUUGCGUACUGAAGGAUAUAAGGCCAAGGGCACGGACCAUUGUCGAUGUAGACGACUUGAAAGUUGGACAUACAGUCAUGCUCAACCACAACACCGAUGAGCCCCUGGAAAAAGGUUAUUGGUAUGACUUCAAAGUAAAUGAAAUCAAGAAGCUAAGGGCAAGUUAUGAGUUGGUUGGGACCCUCUAUUUGGGUGCUGAAGCUGUUCCCCAGGACGACACUAAAGUAAAAAUUCAUGAUAAGAUAUUUGUCAUAGAAGAAGUAGUGCCAUUAUCAGAAAGAAGUGAUGAAUACAAGAAAAUGAUGACAACGCCACCUGAAAAAAGAUCAGUACCCUUGAAUUGUUUGACCUGUCGAGAUGACGAAGAGGCUCCAUGUAAAGACUGUGGCUGCUAUUUAUGCUUGGGAAAAGAAUUCCCUGAAAAGAUAGUAUUAUGUGAUGAAUGCAAUAAUGGGUACCAUAUGAAUUGCCUGUCACCACCACUGAAAGAGUUACCCGAGGAAGAUUGGUACUGUCCAUCAUGUAAAAGAGACCCUAAUGAUGUUGUUGCUCCCGGGGCAGCCAAGCAAAUGAAGAAGAACACUGGCUCUAAGAGCAAUAGAGAUUGGGGACGGGGAAUGGCUUGCGUUGGUAAAACCAAAACUUGUGCGAUGCCUCCUAACCAUUUUGGACCCAUUCCUGGAAUUGAAGUCGGCAUGUGUUGGAGAUUCAGGAUACAGUUAUCGGAAUCGGGCGUACACCGCCCUCCAGUGUCGGGCAUCCACGGGCGCGACGUGGAGGGCGCGUACAGUAUCGUCCUAUCGGGCGGGUAUGAAGACGACGUGGACAGAGGCAACGAGUUCACGUACACGGGCAGCGGAGGCCGGGACCUUUCCGGGAAUAAACGCACCGCCGAGCAGUCCUGCGACCAGACGCUUACCAGGGAGAACAAAGCCCUAGCUCGCAAUUGCGCCGUGAAGGAAAUCAGCGAAAAGGGCGGUGAUGCGGGGGACAACUGGCGCAGCGGCAAACCCGUACGAGUGGUGCGCUCCUACAAAAUGUUGAAGCAUUUCCCAAAAUACGCUCCAAAGGAAGGCAUACGCUACGAUGGUAUAUACAAAGUGGUUAAAUACUAUCCGGAGAAAGGUCUUUCCGGAUACCGGGUGUGGAAGUAUCUUCUAAGGCGCGACGACCCCAGUCCCGCGCCGUGGGAGCCUGGCGCUAAGGAAUUCCAAAUUGUGUACCCCGACGGAUAUUUAGAAGCUGAAGCAGAGAAGAAAGCUCUCAAAGAGAAGAAGGAGAAGAAAGAGAAGACCGGUAAGAAGAACAAGAAGCGGGCACUGCGUGAGAGCAACCAGACAGAGUCUGAGAACGAAGCAUCUCCACCCAGUAAAAAGAGGAAAACUGAAGAACAACCGAAGAAGAAAGGCAGACCUCCAAAGAACAAAAGCUUACAAGAGAGUCCUAAAGCCAAGAUCCCCAGUAUAUUCAAUAUAAAAAGUCCAAAGAGUAAAAAGGAGCAGAAAGUCGACACUAUACUCAGCACUGAAGAGAGAGAUGCGAUCAAAUCGGACACUGUUAACGCUAAACUGUGGGAGGAAUGUUUGGAAGUUUGCAACGCCAAGGGUAAAAAGGAAUUCGUCGAGCAUGUGACCCAAGUGUUCCUCUGCAUCAUAUGCCAAGAGGUGGCCGUUGGUCCAGUGACCACACCAUGCUUACAUAACUUCUGUAUGGGCUGCAUCAAGCUAGCGUUUAAAUCCACGGGACCACAGUGCCCUUGCUGUAGGCAGAGUCUUUCCAAAUAUGAGCCAGAACCAAAUGAACAACUGAUGACUGCCCUACGUACAGUACUGACUGGAUACGACGCUGGAAAGGUGUAAGUUUAAAAAGUUGAGUUUUAAUUAAAAAAAGGCGUUCUUUUUGUUUUAAAUUUCAAAGUAUGUUUUUCCGAAGGCGUCGUAGGAUUUUUUAUUACAGCAGCCCCAAUUUAGAAUAAUUUUCAUGUGAACCCUAAAUUAGAUGAUUUGAUGAUAUUCUGUUUACUUUUUGAUUGUUAACCAUUAUGUAGAUAAUUAUAUUCCAUAAAACUUAUAAAAGUAAAUUUUAAAUACACAUUAAUUGUUUACAUACACGUACCUAUAUAAAUGGGUAAUAUAUGAUAUCUAUAUGGUAUAAGAAUAUAUUUGCCGUUGGCUUAA